AUGGUUUUUUCAACUUUAUUUGAUGUCAUCCCUUAUCAAAUAUUACUAGCAAUUUUUAAAUUACUAUCAAAUGAUAAACUAUUGUUGUUAUCUUUGGUUGAGAGUCAUCAUGGUUUUAUAUCAACACUAGUUGAUUCUUUAUUAUUUAAAAAUGUGAUUAUAUUGCCUGGUUAUCUUCCUAAUAAGAUCACGAUCAAUAAUUAUAUCCCUUAUGAAAAUUUAAAUUCCAAUUCAAAGUUGAAUAAUAAUUAUAUAAUUAAUCAAAACAAUCAGAAUAAGAAUAUUAUUAAUCAAAGUUUAUUUAAAAUUAGAUUUAACGAUUUGUUUAAAAACUCUUACUUGAAUGAGAAAAUAUUAAAUUUUGCUAAAUUUGUGAAUUUUUUAUUUAAAAAUGACGAUUUCAUUGAUUAUAAAAUGACUGAUUUUUUUAAUUUCUAUAACAAAAAUUUCCAAGACAAUAACUGUUUACUAAAAUUCAAUAAUUUAAAAGCAAUCAAGAUUAAUUAUUUAGAGAACAGAUUAUUGUAUUUUAAUAUUGACGAAUACAUUAAUUUUUUUUUUCAUUAUUUGAAAAAACUUUAUCCAAAUGAUUCUUUCAUUUUCUCAAAACAGAUUAUUUAUGGCUCUUUUAAAUUCGACAAUUUAAACCUAAACCCCAAUGAAAUUAAAAACUUGAACACUCUAACAAUUUCUUCUCAUUCAAAAUUCUUUAAUAAUUAUUAUAGUUACAGUGAUCGCUGUAAUUUUAAUGAAUUUCAUGAAUUAAAUGAUUAUAAUCACUAUUAUAAUAACAACAAUUACCGAAAUGUUUUUCAAAAUAUAAACCAAUUAACUAAUUUAAAUUAUCUCAAUAUUAGUAAUAACUAUAAAAUUGAUAAAAUUGAAAACUUAAAUAACUUGGUCAAUUUAAGAGUACUAAUCUUGAAAUUCAACAAUAUAUUAAGAAUUGAAAACAUUGAAAAUUUACACAAUUUAAAAAUUCUAAAUCUAAAGGGAAAUAGAAUUAUCAAUAUCGGCAAUUUACAAAACUUGAAAAACUUACAAAUUCUAAAUUUAUCUCUUAAUAGGAUUCCUGAAUUAAAUCAAAAUUUGCUCAACUUGACUAAUUUGAAAAUUUUCAAUAUUUCAAAUAAUCUAAUUUAUAAAAUUGAAAACAUUAACAAUUUUCAAAAGUUAAUCGAACUAGAUUUAUCUGAUAACAAAAUCAAUUUUGUUCAAAAUCUAGACAAUUUAAAAUGUUUACAAAAAUUGAAUCUAAAAGGAAAUUACAUAUCGCAAUUAGAUAUGAGUGAUUUCAAAGAUUUCAAAAAUUUAAAAGAAAUAAAUCUAAAAUUCAAUCGACUCAAUAGACUUUAUCAUUCUAAUAAAUCUCGCAGCUUUGAAAAAUCAAAUCAGCUCAAAAAAAUCUCAAUACUAUAUUAA